AUGAGUCAAGAUCGUUUCAAAGGGAUUGGUAGUAAUAGUAGCAAUAAUUUAACUGGAAAUACACCAACCAAGUCUGAUAGUAGUACUCUGUAUAUUCCUCCACAUUUGAGAAGUAAUUCUACAGAUUAUGAUGAUCACUCCGAUAGAAUUCCUUCAGUUUCAUCGGAUAUGGAUGAGGAUCAACAACAACAAUAUUAUUAUUAUCAUCGUAGAUCAUCGAUGGAUCAAGCUGGCGGAGCUCAUCCAAAUGUUCAUUCUCAACCUCCAAUUAUUAAAUCAAAACAACAAAUUAUUGACUAUAUGAAUCAACAUAAAAUUGCUUCAAUUUUAAAAACCAAGUUGAAUGAAGCUUUCCAACAACAAAGUCUAGAUCCAAUUGAAUAUAUUUUCCGUACCAAGAGAGUGGUACAACAUGAAAUUUUAAUUCAACAAAGACAAUCACAAAUGAAGGAAAUGGAUAUUAAACAUGAUGAAGUUUUAAGCUCAAUACAACAAAGUAAGGAAUCAAUGAAGCAAGAAUAUGAAAAAUUGGAAAAGGAUCACUUGCAAGAAAUUUCCACAUUAAAAGCAGAAAUUGAACAAUUGAAAAUUCAAGCUGCUCAAGUUGAAAAUCAACCUGAAAGUCAAGAAAGUUUGUUGUUAGAAAAGACUUUGGAACAAUUAAAGACAGAAAAUGAGGAAUUGGAAAAGGAAAAUCAAUCUUUAUUGAAACGUAUCAAGGAAUCAUCAAAUAAUACUACCACUACUACUGUACAUCAACAUUCACAUGAACAAGUUACAUCAAAUACCAUACCAGAAGAAACUCAAGAAGAACCUGUAGAUAUACCUUCAACAACAACAACAGAAAAUGCUGUGGAAGAUGAUUCAGCUGAUCCUUUUGCCACUGAAUAA